UGUUUUCUGUUCAAGAAUCUACUUUUGAGAUCUCUGCAUUUUCAUCUUUCGUUGUCUCUUUCCAAGAAUUUCAAGUCCUCUUUCUGAAAAAGUUGACUUACCUCGUACGCCUUACUUCGUUCUAGCCAUUACCAAAGAGUGUACUUACUGUGGGGUUUUGGUGGGUACCGGAAAUUACUCUAUUAUAGACUCUCUUGCUUGUGCGCUGCUCUCUCUCAUCUCAACACAUUUACUUUCCAACUUUACUCGGAAACUCUUAUAUUCUUCACACAGAAAUGGAAUUGAAUCAAUCAAUGACUUCUUCGAGCCUUUUUGAACAAGUGGGUAAGAUGUAAUUCGCUUCUGGUGAUCAGCGCUGCUGCUAUCUCUCAAUACAUUAGUUUUCUAGUUGAAAUCACAUCUAAGAAAGUAGGUAUUUUGAGUUGAAUUUGAGUCCACAGUUAAACAAGUAAUGGAUUCCUCGCAGUCUUAUGAUCACAGUGAUCGCCUAAGUGAGUUACCCAACUCCUUAAUCCUUAUGAUCCUUUCUCUGUCGGAAACGGUGGAUGCUGUUAGGACAACAGUUCUCUCUAAACGUUGGAGAGAUCUUUGGACCACCGUUCCCCGUCUGAAAUUUGUAGGUGUAGAUCCACGUUUUAUUCGUGCAGUUCUUGCGAAAUGGAGAGGUGAAAAGAUCUUCAGCUUCUACCUCUCAUUAGGCCAUGGGAGGCCUGCUGAUGUUGAUUCGUGGCUGCUCUUUGCGGUCGAAAAACAAGUGGAAGAGAUGUAUGUAGAUUUUGAACCUUCUACCAAUGCUCAUUACUGCCCACCUCAGUGUUUGUAUUCAUGCUCGUCCAUUACCGAAUUACACCUUGGUUGUUGUUUGUUGGUGAUUGAGGGGAGUGUGCAGUGGAAUCAACUCAAGAGCUUAUCGCUUAAAGUUUUCAAUGCCUCGUGUGAUGAUGUCUUUAACAAACUUCUCUCGGGUGCACCUCGCUUGGAAACGAUGAUAUUGUUGAUGGACAAAAUUGUUGAAAACUUCAGUAUCCAAUCUACUAGUUUGAAGAAGCUCUCGAUCAACAACAGCGGAAGGCAGCUUAAUGUUGACAUAAUGGCAAUGCUGAGAAUUUGCGCUCCUAAUCUCUUGACUCUACAAAUAAGUGCAGAUGUUGUUAAUGGUGGUAGUUGUUUGUUUGAUGUCCCAUCUUUGACUGAAGCCUCUUUUAAUGGAUUUUGUGACGUGUAUGAUCCGCCUCUUGAAAUGUUCUAUCGCCUCUUUCGAAGCAUCUGCCAUGUUAAGAAGGUUGAAUUAUCGGAGUUGGACAUCAAGUUGCUUCUCGCCUUGAAGAAGAAAGAUAUGGUUGUUGAAUUUCCGAAUGCUGAGUAUCUAAAACACCAAGGCAUGAACGCAUGUGGUCGUCUUGACCUUCUAGAGCUUCUUGAUCUUCUUGAGAUGUUUCCUAAGCUGAAGAUUUUAAAUUUUAUUCAACACCAGGAUUUUAAUCCCACCGUUGAGACGACAUUCCUCUACCCCUCACUGCUCCAUCUGAAUACAGCUGUGAUUACUUGGCCCUCAGAAGACCCCUCAAUAAUUCCAUUCAUAGAAUUUCUCUUGCAAAAUGCUCCCUCGCUCCACAAACUUGUGUUUCGUCUUUCACCGUUUAGUUGUAAUCGUGAGCGUUUCCCGAUGAUUGAAGAGAUGGUGCGAAAUAUGCCGAGAUCCUCCGCAACUGCAGAGGUUAUUAUAAUCGAUGGUGAUGAUCUAUCCAGCUUAUUAGAAAGGGAGUAA